UUCAUUCACAACAGGCGAGUAAUUGUCAUCAUGGAUGCACUGUGAUACAUCCGUGCGUGUGAUGCCCAGGGGUCCAGCAAUUCUCUACAUAACUUUGACGCAAGUUGUGUGACAUGGAGCCAGAUGUGGACCUAAAUCCAGACACAGAUGACCUUCCACUCCGAGCCAAUACGAACCACAUACUUGUCAGACAUUAUGUGCUGGACCUGACUGUUCAUUUUGAAAGGAAGGUCAUCAGUGGUAGUGUCGUUCUGUUCCUAGAGCCAUGCUGUGGGGUGAGGACUAAGGCUGAGGAUGGCACCGGACCUGGGGAUGGAGCUGGCUCUACAGAGGCUGGAGGGAGUCAGGAUGGGUUUGUGUCUAGAUCACGGGAUGUGGAUUCAAUAGAGGAUGGAACAAAAGGACUUAAGAAGAGUAUGACAAGGAUGGAUAAGAUGUUUGGUGCUAGAGAAAGAGAAGGAGAUGAAUUUCAGGCUGUUUCCGGGGUUGGGUCGCAGACUGCAGCUGAAACAAAAACUAUUCAUUCUUCGCAUUUGUGGGAAACCAACAGUGACGGCGAUUUCACCUUAGUGCUGGACUGCUGUGACCUCGAUGUGUCAAAAGUUGAAGAGGUGGACAUCACCUCUGUGUCAGCCAUGUCUAGUCUCCCAUCAGAGGUCAGAUGUGAGAAGUCUGGAGUCAGCUCAGUGAACCCACAAGCAGCCUUUUUUCAGAAACUCAUCUCCCUGCCCUCUAGCCGAUGGAAGCAGAGGCACCAGCUGUUUUUGCUGUGUAGCCGUGCCCCUGGCGCUCAGGAUGGCAGUGCACUGCAUUUUCAAAGAGACCGAUGGAGUCUCCAGGUGAGGAAGAAGGGGGCAACGUCCCCUCAGGAGUUCCCUCGUGCUGUCAGGAUCUGCUAUGAGACAAGGCCGACAGGAGGCUCUGUGAGAUGGACCAAAGACCAGGACAACAGGGUGUGUGUUUACACUGCCGGUUCUCCCAUCAACAACCGAGCCCUCUUCCCCUGCCAGGAGCCGCCUGUUGCCAUGUCAACAUGGCAGGCAACAGUACGGGCCCCCAGUGAGUGUGUGGUUUUGAUGAGUGGGGAGGAGCAGGCUGUACCUAUUGAGGACAGAAACACACGUUUCUCCGUCUGGAAUUACUACGUCACUAUGCCCAUGCCCGCUUCCACCUUCACCUUGGCAGUGGGCCACUGGUGCCAAGUUACAGCAGAAAUUCCCCCAGCAUUGGAAAGAGGGGUGAGGGACAGGACGGAUUGUGGUAAGACUGCCAAACCUGAGGCUGGGUCUGCGGAAUGGACUGAGGCUGAGCUCGUGUCUGGACUUGGAAGCUCCUCUGGUGCAGUAGUAAAGGGCUCUUCACUCCAGACUUGCAGCAGAGACCAGACCACCUGCUCAGACUCUACAUUCUCUUACGCUUCCUUUGAGAAUGAGGGGCUCUCUGUAACUGAUUAUUCAGGCAUGGUGGAUGACGGCGUCUCUUGUUCCCAUGGCGACUACCCUUGCCGAUUUACGGAGCAGUUGGCUAGGUCCCAGCGGGUGAUUCCACACCGUGUAUUUGGCCCCGUCAGCUUGCUGCAGAAGGCCCAGAUGGGAGUCCUCAAGCUGUUGCCUCGAUGUUUGGCUGCAGCCCAUGCCGUUCUGGGGGUCCACCCAUUUCCCCGUCUUGAUGUUCUCAUCGUUCCAGCAGGGUUCUCCAGUCUCGGCAUGGCCAGCCCGCACAUAAUUUUCCUGUCCCAGAGUGUGUUGCAUGCUGGGAGUCCCGAUUCUGGCGAGAAUGGCCUGUCUCUGUGUGGGUCCAGGAUGUGCCACGAGAUUGCUCACUCCUGGUUCGGCCUGGUUAUUGGAGCCAGAGACUGGACAGAAGAAUGGAUCAGUGAGGGUUUUGCCACCUACCUGGAGGACAUCAUCUGGGCCCAAGCUCAACAACUCUCCUUACAAGAGACGGCAGAGCAGUCUGACCUGAAGGCACUGCUCAGGUGGAGACGACUCUCUGACGAAUUACAGAAUUCAGAGGAGGAACUUCAGAUCCUUAGGCCCAACAUGGAGAACACUGGUCAGGUCAGUGAGUCUGGCUCCUCCACAGUUAAACAUGCCCUCAAUCCUGACAAAACCUUCAUGCAAGUCCACUACCUCAAGGGUUACUUCCUCCUCAGGUUCUUGGCCAGUCAAGUGGGAGAGCAACAAUUCAUCGACUUCUUCAGAUUAUUUGUGAAGAAAUACCACGGGCAACUCAUUUUGUCUCAGGAUUUCCUGCGAAUGCUGCUGAUUAUCUUUCCUGACAUGGAGAGAAAAGGCCUCACCCUCAGUGCUAUUUAUGCUGACUGGCUUGAUCAACCGGGAAUUCCAAAGUGGCUGUAUGAAAGGAGCGCCGUGUGGUCACAGGCGAGGCUGGUGGAAGAAGUCAAAGCAGAGGUUGUAAAAUGGAUUCUCCUCAGUCAGAGUCAUCAGGGGAAGGGCAGAAAGCGGAAGAGAAUAGAGCCCAAGGUGAACUACAAAGAGCUGACGUCGGAGCAGCUUGUGAUGCUUUUGGAGCUUCUGCUGGAGGAAUCCGAGCUGAGCGUGGCGGCAAUGCUCGCUCUGCAGAGAACCUACAACCUACAGAAUCAUGACGCUGAGGUCCGACAUCGCUGGUGUGAGCUGGUGGUCAAACAUGCACACAAUCAGGCUUAUGGAGACGUGGAACACUUUCUGGUUCAUGACCAAGCCAUGGGUGUGUAUCUGUACGGGGAGCUGAUGGUUCACGAGGACCCUGAGCAGCAGGCCCUGGCUCGUCGCUGCCUCUCAUUGGUCCAGGAAGACAUGGACCAAUCGGCACGUACAGUGGUUGAGGAAAUGGUCCUAUGACGAUGGAGGUUGCUGAAUACAGAUGGAGAUGACGGGAGUUUGGCACAUGGGGCAGCCCAGCGCUCAGCUCCUCUUCCUCUGUAGGAGAGGGGACGCUGCAGAAUCACUCAGCAGUGUGAACACCAGAAGGCUGCACUCUUACUCUACAGCCAAGGCCAACUGGCAAGGUUUAGAGAACAGCAGUUCUGUUCAUUCAAGUCUAAAGAAAAAGCUAGUGUGCCCCAAGCUGUUUAUAGUGAGAUACAGUGUUGUUGACAUCAUUAUUGCUGUGGUAAAACCGAAAAAUUACAUCAUUUCUCUUGUUUCAAAAUGAUAAAUAAUGGGGGGGAAAGAGAGCUAUUUCAUGGAUAAAGACACAGCACCUCUGACCUCAGCUGCUGUCAACUAACUGAAGUUAGUUUCUGCGUGUGAGUGUGUGGGUGUGAGUUCAUGUCUGUUUAGUCUGAAGUCAUGAUCUGUUUCUUAAGAGUUUAGACUGGAAAUACCUCCAGGUGAAUAAUGUUUUAUACAUAAAUGACUUAACUCUGGCCUGUAACAACACUGGAACAUACAUCAUCAACAACUUUCAGGGAAUUCCUAAAUGUGUAAAUGAUGGUUUUAUAAGUGCUGUGUGGAAAAUAAUA